UUAUAUCACUGACUUUGUUUGACAGGUCUUGUUCCACUCUGCCCACCGACGAGAAAGGAUCCGCAAUCGCAAGACUCUCUUACUUGAGAGAGCCGGCGUUGCUUUAGCCCAAUUCCCAUUCCAGACUCCAAGACCACACCCUUUAUUUCAAACAAAAUUGAUAACUCCCAAUUUCACAUCAGCUGGCAUCAUUGUUACUUUCCCGUUCUUUAUUCUUCGUAAUCACUGACGUCGCCAUGGCACGCAUCUUCGCUAUUUCCGACCUCCACGUCGAUCACCCAGAAAACCUCCGGUGGCUGGAGGAACUUCCUUUCCAUCUCUACGAGAACGACAUCAUCUUGGUGGCAGGGGACGUCACAGACAAGCUUCCUCUUCUCAAGUCAACUCUCAUCACCCUCACCAAGAAGUUCAAGACGGUCUACUUCGUACCAGGCAACCACGAGCUUUGGGUCAAAGACAGGAAUAUCAUGAACAAUUGCAUAAACUCGGUGGAGAAGUUUGAUCGGAUCCUCGACCUAUGCGAGACCAUCGGGGUCCGGACUGACCCGGGGAAAGAGGUCGUCGCGGACGGGGAAUCGGUGUGGAUAGUCCCGUUAUUUUCAUGGUAUGCAACACCAGAAGACGACAAACAAGACUCCCUUCACAUCCACGCCAGCCAUCUCCGCGAAGACGUCAAGCUCUGCAACCAACUGUGGAUGGACAACCACAACUGCGCCUGGCCCAAGGACCUCGGCAUGCCUCGGGCAAAGUUCUUCUGCAAGCUCAAUCACGCGCGAACGCAAACCAUCUACGACGCACCGGUCAUCACGUUCAGCCACUUCUUGCCGCGUAAGGAACUGGUGAAGUCCUCCAUCGAAGACGAUCGUUGCAUCGUCCACGAACGACGCCAUCUUGGGAAGCCGCUGUUGCUGCCCAAGAGACAGGGGUCGAUGAAAGGUUUCAACUUCACCCGUUAUGCGGGCUGCCAAGGACUUGACGCCCAGGUAAGGACAGUGGGCUCGAUUCUCCACGUCUACGGACAUCAACAUCGUAAUCGGGACCGUGUCAUUGACGGCGUGCGGUACGUGUCGCACUGUCUGGGCUACAAAAAGGAGCGCGAAGAGGGAUUCACUUAUGGCAUAAGAGAAUGGAACGGCCCCAAGCAGGUCUACCCACAAGUCCCCAAAUCCUAGCUGAACAUCCAAUUUACUGCAAUGGUUAUACCUCGGCUUAAUAAAAAACCCCAACAAAAUAUGAACAUUGCGAGAAGCCUUAAUUGUUUAGGGUCGGGGCAAGUUCUGAAAUCGUAUCACUAGGCUUCAUAUAGGCCUAUAUAUAUACAGUAUACUGUAUAUACAGUUUUUUUUUAUUUACUUUUGUGGCGUUGCCCCCAUAAGCCAUCCCUGGAAACAAUUAAGACUGUAGCAGACCUAAAAGUAAGUAACGUGUAUUGUCUUUCAAUUCAUUUUAUGAAAAUGAUUGCUAGACAUGCGGCUGAUUAAAGAAUAUUUUGAAAAGGUGAAGUAUCCAAUUAUGUGCUACUUUCGCACUUUCUCUUUGAAUUGGGUUUUCUCUCCACCUGGUGAUUUCAGCUUGUUCCUCGUUUUACCCUAUUUGUUGUUGUUGUCCAUGUUGUCGUUGUUGCUUUCCUUUGCUAAAAGGCGUUUGUUUUCCCUUUUUUUUUUUUUACUUUUGCUUCCACUUGUAUUAUUUUGUUUGUUAUCAUCUUGUUUUUCCAUUGGUGUUCCUCAUGAUGUACUCAUGAUUUAGUUUCAGCCGGAAAGGAAAGGGAUACCACAAUCGUCAUUAUCACGAUGUUCAUUGUCACCAACGAAUUCAUCAUGACCAUCAUCAUCAACAUCAUCUUCAUCAUCAUCUUUAUCAUCAUCAUUAUUAUCCCAUCGUUAUCAGCAUCAUCAUCAUCAUCCCCAUCAACAUCAUCUUCAUCAUCAUUAUCAUUAUCCCAUCAUUAUCAUCAUCAGCAUCAUCGACAUUCAUCAUUUACGUAUUCAUCACCAUCGAUAUCAUCAACGGUAUAUUUUUCGUCCUGUAUGCCUAUAUAGUUUAUUUUUGUUUUAGCUCUCCGUACCGUUCUUCUGUUGUUGUUUUUUUUUUCAAUAAUGUUUUUUGUGUGAAUUCUGAUUUAAUUGGUUAUGACAAAUUGAUUAUUUAAAGUAAUAUGGCCCGUAUUAUUAAGUCAGGUUUAACUUAAACUAAGGUCUAACUUUGUGCUAAAGUUAUUGGAAGCCAAAAAAUCACGAAUUCUGUUUGAAUUGUAUAUUCUUGAAGUUUACUAUUUCGUUUCCUGUUGCUUUCAUAAUGAAAAAAAUGUACUCCAGAAUACUUCAGUUAUCAUUUCCAGACAAUUAUGAGCAAUUUGAAUGUCAAACGAGUUAAUUUGCUCUCAAUACUUAAACCACAGCUUUAAACCAGGGUUUCAUUUAAACUGGAGUUCAGAAUAUGGGCCAAUGUAUGCAGUAUUCUUGCAAUGACCGAUGGGAAAUUUUCUGCAGUGCCAUAAAGACAAAAAAUUAAUUACUGGCAAUUGCAACCUUCACAUUUAUUACAAAUUAACUCAACUUUCACUAUCUCAAAAGAUUCACAAUUUGAGAUAGUGGAAUACAUUCUGUAAUGAUUGUAUAUACUUCUUGUAAUAUAAAGUAUUAUCUGUGUACAAAGAAUAGAUGUAAAAUUAUUAAUUUAAAUCCUUUUAAGUUGCAUUCAGAUUGUAUAUUGUAAAUAUUCAAAUUGCCGAAAUUGAAAUAAAACAUGUGAAAUAAAUGAAGUC